CACCCCUUCACCACCUGCUUCCUGUCGCUCAUAACGGAGCAGCAGGCGUCCUGGCAGCCCCCCUUUCUCUCUGCUGACUCAGUUCCUUCGCAGCAGUCCUGCCCAUCCCCGAGAACGAGCAGCAGCAGUAUCCUCCUCCGCCCAGCACAGCAGAAAUGGCCAAAACCGCAAUUGCUUACAAGGAGAAGAUGAAGGAGAUUUCCGUCUUCUCGCUCAUCUGCUCCUGUCUCUACCCUGACAGCCGCAAAAAGACCCUGGGAGACUUUGAAGAGUUGGACAUCAAGCCGAUCAACAAGCGCGCGUCGGGCCAGGCCUUCGAGAUCCUCCUGAAGCCGACGUCGCCCGUGUCGGACACUGCCCACUGCGUCACCUCGCCCCCCAAGAGGGACAUCUCCCUGGACGACAUCCAGAAGAAGCUGGAGGCCGCCGAAGAUCGCAGGAGAUCUCAGGAAGCGCAGGUGCUCCGGGCGCUGGCGGAGAAGCGCGAACACGAGCGCGACGUGUUGCUGAAGGCCAUGGAGGAGAACAGCAACUUCAGCCGCAUGGCCGAGGAGAAGCUCCAUCUGAAGAUGGAGCAAAUCCAGGAGAACCGCCAGGCCUACCUCGACGCGCUCAUGGAGCGCCUGCACCAGAGGGAGAGGCACGCUCAGGAGGUGCGCAGGAACAAGGAAUUGAGAGAAGAGGUGACAGCGUGAGGAGCUCCCUACUCACCUCCAACCGCCCCCCCCCCCAGGUCUUUAGUGUCCACUCAACAAACUUCCGCCCUCCUCCCCUGGGUCCUAGUCCCCACCUACUAUAAAAAAAAAAAAACAAACAAACAAAAAAAAACGCCACCAGUUCCUUCCUCUUUUCCAUACAACCACAGAGCAUUCCAAGACCGAGGCGCACACGCGGGAGGGUUUUGGUGGAAGUCUCAUUAAUAAUCACAAAAAAAAAAAAAAAAAACGUAAAUCAGCCACUCUUCUCAACAACAACAAAAAUGGAAUCUGAUUGCCAGAAAGCAACAGCGGUGGUGUAAAUACUUUUUUUCCUUAUAUCCAGUACAAAAAGUAUCGAUUGUAGUCUGCCAUUUUUUUGUUGUCAUUACGUUUAUUUUUGUUGUUGCUUUGUGGCUUCGAUGUUUUGGUGGUGCGUUUGCAAGCUCCCCCUUUCCGUCCCGCUAGUUAGCAUUUAUUGCUAAGCUAACGCAUAGCAUCCCUAAUCUCUUUCUUGGUCAGUCACACGCGUUUAGCAUAGCACACAGCUAAUUAGCAUUUAGCUACGCUGCAGAAGACAACAAACUGGAAUCCUGCCAUCUCAUCUUCUAUCCCACUUUAAGGAGCAAAUCACGCCUGAGGACGAACCCCGUUAGUUGGUCCCAUUUCACGUGAUUUGUUGACCGUGUGUGUGUGUGUGCGUGCGUGUGUGCGUGCGCGUGUCUGCAUUAAUGUACAUCUUUGUCAAUCAAGCUGUGGUUAAUAAAGAUUUGGGGUUCACUGAA